AUGUCUCAUGAAGGAUACAAUGGGGGCCUGAUCCCCACUAUAGCUUAUGCCGAGGAUGGGAUAACUAUCGGGGACGAGGGCGCUGUGCGGCGCCAGGUUGUCGAGAGUACGCUAGCCUGGCUGCAGAGAAAUAACCCUCACUACUGGGACGUUGAGGUUGACGAGGCAGAGAUGGUUGGCUGGGGAGCCCCGCCCCACGAUGGAUACGCAGCAGAGUCCUGGAUUGAUUAUGCUGUUUCAGCCGAGGUUUCUCCAGACAUUGUUCAAGCCACAGUUGGAUUUUUACGAGACGAAACAACAUUUCAGCGAUGGGCUCAAUUAUAUCAAGCUGAUAGGCCAUGGGACCAUAAACCAGGGCCUCCCGGAGCAUCCGGACUAUAUUAUGUCUCUCUAGGCGGACUUGUGGGCACUGCAAGAAAUAUAACGACAGAGGGGGCCGAUGUCAACGCACAAGGCGGCAAGCACGGCAAUGCUCUACAAGCUGCCUCAUAUAAGGGCCACCAAGAGGUAGUGCAGCUGCUUCUUGACAAAGGUGCCGAUAUCAACGUGCAGGGCGUCCCCGGGGAGGUAGCUGGCAUGGCCGACCUUGAUUACCAGGUCGCCGCCAGAUUUUACUUCAGUCUGCCCCAUCUCGAAUAUCUUGCCUAG